AUGUCGCAACAGCAGAUCUCAGCGAAGAAGCAGCAAGAUCUUCAGGUCCAGUACUCGAACUACAAGGACACACUACAGUCGCUUGCGCAGAAGAUUGGAGAUGUUGAGCAGGAGAGCGAGGAACACAAACUCGUACUAGACACCCUGACUCCCCUCUCGGGCGAGCGAAAGUGCUUUCGCAUGAUCAACGGCGUGCUGGUAGAACGGACGGUGAACGAUGUGUUGCCUGCGCUGCAAACGAAUGCGGAUGGGUUGAAGAAGGUGCUGGAGGAUCUGGUGAAGCAAUACCGCGGGAAGCAGGAUGAGAUGGAGAAGUGGAAGAAGAAGAAUAACGUUCAAGUGGUCCAACAGUGA